CCGAUCAGAGAGAGCCCUUUGGUGGAUUCCUUCACAGCUGUUUGGCGAUCCGCGGCGCGAUCCGUCUCUCAAUUUUGGCGUUCCAGCUGAUUCCAUUCCACCGGAGGAGGAAGACGCCGCGCGCGCGAUACAAUUUCGGCCCAACCUACAAGAUGGAGAGGAGAGCGACGAGGGGAAGCACAGCCCACCACAGGCGAAUGCGGACGGCGCCUGCGCCGGCGCUGGAGGAGCAGAAGCAGCAGCGCAGCGGGGGCCUAAACUGCCAGAGAACGCCGCCGCCGCCGGGCUGCUUCACCAUCCAGCUUGUCAUCGUGUUCCUCUGGGUGGCCGCCUCGCUCGCCUUCCUGCCGCUCGUGCUGCCGCCGCUGCCCCCGCCACCGCUCUCGCUGCUGCUCCUGCCCGUCUGCCUGCUCGCCGUCCUCGCCGCGCUAGCGUUCGUUCCGCUCGACGCCCACAACAACGUCGUCGGCUCCUCUUGUUUGUAG